UAAUCCUGUGAGUCAAGAUGUUUAUUUAUAGUCACGUGACGUCAGGAGCAGGUUAUUUAUCUGUUAUUUAACUUCUUAAACUUUAGGACACAAGUCAAAGUUUACAAAUAUAUCACACAAUUAUAAAAUAUGAAAAGUAAAUAAAAUGAAUUAAAUACAACAUAAAGUAUCUAACCUCCCCAACAAACAAACAAACAAACAAACAUAACAUCAACAAGGCUUUUUAAGUGACAUCAUUAUUUUAAAUAAAUGAUGAAUCAUUUUAUUUUAUUUUGGCUAAAAUAAAAUAAAAUAAAAAUAAAAUCUUCCGGCUGCUUAUUAAUGUUAAUGUUAUUAAUAUUGAUUUAUUAUUAUUCAUACUCCAGGGUCCUGGUGUUGAUUCCACCUGGACACGUCAGACAGGAAGCGGGGAGCCACCAAGAGUGGGCGGGGCUUCCGGACCCCCCCCCCCCCUGAAUGAGAGUCACCUGCAGACCAGAAGAAACCAAACCAACAGCCGCGGACCCGACACACGCGAGUCUGCAGGGAGUGGAGCGAGCACCCAGGACCAGGACCAGGACCAGGACCAGGACCAGGACCAGGACCAGGACCAGGACCAGGACCCAGAGCGUAGUGAGCACACAGGACCAGGACCAGGACCGGAGCGCAGUGAGCACACAGGACCAGGACCCAGAACCUGAGCACCCAUUACCCAUAAACCAGGACCAGGACCGGAACGAGCCCCAGGACCAGGUUCUCCCCGGCUCAAGGGUUUCAGCUGUUUCCGAGCUGAACCCGCAGGAGGCUCCCGGUCCGGAACCAUGAGGUGGACCCAGCUGAUCAGGAUGCUCCUGAGCGCGGCCACGGGCCUCCACUCCGCCGCAGGCUGUGAAGGAGACGACUGCAGCUUAGGCCAGACCUCCUCCUCCUCCUCCUCCUCCUCCUCCCAGGACUUCCUGGGCCAGUUGACCCAGGUGAGCUCUCCAAACAGUGGGGACCGUAAACACCGCGACGCCGGCGCCGCGCUGCCCUUCAUCGGCCUCACGGGCAGUGCCGAUCAGAGUCGCAGCUGCUGUCAGAACGGAGGAACCUGCAUCCUGGGGAGCUUCUGCGCCUGCAUGCCGUUCUUCACCGGGAGGAGCUGCGAGUACGACCAGCGCGUCAGGAGCUGUGGCCCCGUCCCUCACGGUGAGUGGGUCCAGAAGGGAUGCUCCUACUGUCGCUGUGGCUACGGAGUCCUGCACUGCUUCCCCGACGUCUUCCACAAGGACUGCGACGCCUCCGAGGAGGUUCUGUGGUACCGCUCGUCAGCGGGGUGGCCCGGCCGGCCCGGGGGCCUCCUGGUUCUGGUUCUCCUCCUGCCCCUCCUCCUCUGAUGGGCUGACCCACAGAAGGAUUCUGGAGACCUCCACCAGGACUCAUGUGGACCACUGGGCUGUGGACCGGUUUCAGACUCUGGACUGAGUGUUAGGGGGUCCUCUGCGAUGUUUUAGUUUAGGGGGCCCUCGUAGUCCUGGUUUAGGGGGUCCUCCCACUGGACUGAGCUGUUGGUGUCUCAGCUCACCUGAGAGGAGCCCUGAUGUGGUUCUGGUCUCUUGAGGACCGACGUGGUCUUGAACCGCGUCACUGGACCAACUCUACCUGAAGGUCCGGUUGAUCCAGUCGUCACGACGCCGGCUCCUGGUGGUGUGUGUGUGUGUUUAUGCAGUGUGUGUGUGUGUGUGUGUUUAUGCAGAGUGUGUGUGUGUGUGUGUUUAUGCAGAGUGUGUGUGUGUUGUUCUCCUUUUUCUUUUUCUUUGUCAGGACAUUUUCUUAUUUUAACUUUAGUUUCUGUGACCUCUGACAUCUGACCUGUGACCUGCGUAGUGUUGCAUCACAUGUUGAUGUCUUUAUCAAACUGUUGAACUCAAAGUCGUCAAACUAACGUGGGAGAAACUUCAGAGAGGUUUUAAUGUUUUAAUAAACUGGUUUUGAUCACA